GUUAGCAGCGGAAGUUUUCGGGAAUGAAACUUCUAGGACGAAGCCUCCGCGAGCCUCUACUCUUUUCCUCCUGCUCCUUUUGAGCGGUAAGCUACGGCUUUAAAGUCGGUGGCACACCGUGAACAGACGAGAAGAGAGAAGAAUAUUUUCCCAGGAGCGGAGGUAAACGCGGCAACCUAAACGACGACAGAAAAAAAGAGGCGCAAUCGAGCGCGGCACGAACGCGUCAUUGUGAAUGGCACUGCUAGUGACAAAGGUGGCUGCGAGAGACUUUCGAUUUCAUAUCGGAUGUAAACUGUGCUCGAAAUGGAUGUUACAAAGAGUACUUCCGUUCGCUAAUUAAGCGUGACUCUUUGUCCAUUUUUCCGUUCGGUUUCACUUUGUUGGCUACUCAACGAAGAAAUGCGAGCAGACGCGAAAAGAAGAACGACGGCAGCGGCCGGAUUCCGGAGACCUACAGGCAGCAGGAUAAACAAAAUAUCAGAGCAUAUCUCAUCGGUAACACCCCUCCAUGUUUGUCUGGAGGAGCGAAGACAACCGGAACUGGGCUCUUGUGAAGCCUCUGCUCGUAAGCCACAGGCUAAAAAGUUAUUUGAAAAGCAGGAAGCAGAAGAAGCGGAGACUGAAUUUUUUCGAGUCGAGGAAGAUUUGAAACGCACUCAGCCGAGCAUGGCUAACACCAUUAGUAACAUGAAGAUGACUAACCGUAUCAAGGGGUUAGUAAGCAAACGUCGCAAGCGUUUCACAGAAGAUGGUUUUAAUCUUGAUCUCACAUAUAUAAGGGAUAAUUUAAUAGCAAUGGGUUUCCCAGCUGAAAAAUUAGAAGGAGUAUAUAGGAAUCACAUAGACGAUGUUGUUAAGCUAUUGGAAUCUAGACACAAAGACCAUUAUAAAAUUUAUAAUCUAUGUUCGGAAAGGUCGUACGAUUUUAAGAAAUUUAAGCAAAGAGUAGCUACUUACGCAUUCGAUGAUCAUAAUCCACCGAUGUUAGAUCAGAUCAAACCAUUUUGCGAAGACGUGCAUCAGUGGCUCUCCCAGCACCAAGAAAACAUAGCCGUAGUUCAUUGUAAAGCGGGCAAAGGUCGGACAGGCGUAAUGGUUUGUUGUUACCUUCUUCACACAAAACAAUUUCCCACUGCCACGGAAGCCCUUAAUUAUUACGGAACUAAAAGAACACAUGAUAGGAAGGGGGUAACAAUACCUUCUCAGAGGAGGUACGUGAAUUAUUAUGCUACUCUUGUCCAAGAAGGAUUGAAUUAUCAACCGGUCACACUGUUAUUACGAAAAAUACAAUUAGACCCAGCACCUAUUUUUCACGGAGGUCAAGGAUAUUUACAUUGUGUAAUAUCUGAAUCCAAAAAGAGGAUAUUUAGUUCGGAUAUAGUGGAAGUGCGAAAAGGAAACCACACUGUGAGCAUCGUUCUGAAAAAUAGCGUCGCGUUGACAGGAGAUAUACGAGUGGAUUUCUUUAACAGACCAAAAAUGAAGCGGAAGGAGAAAUUGUUUCAUUUUUGGUUCAAUACAUUCUUCGUGCGGGACUACUUAACGCCAGAAUACGAUAACGGAGAGUUACCAGUCGAACGUUCAGCAAGGGCAUUGAGUUGCGAUGGUACAACUAUGGAAUUACCAAUGGUCGUGUCACAGAUGAAGGCAAGAGCAGGAUCGCUGGCUAGUCUUGGACCUAUGCCACCUACUCUCGUUUUAAGUAUAGAUAAAUGGGGCUUGGAUGAUGCGCAUAAGGAUAAACACCAUAAAGCGUACAGUGCAGAUUUUAAAGUUAGCUUAUUUAUGCACCAAGUGGGUGGUAGUAUAUCGCAAACCGUGCCAGCGACAGCGAACAGGGCGGGAGAAGGUAUACAAAUAGGAAUGGGAGGACAAGAAACUCCCAGUGAAUCCAGCGAAGCGGAUAGCAGUGAAUGCGACACAACCGGAGAUACAACCGGAGAUGAAGAUGGGGAAUCUGUGGACAUGGACCAGCGUGUCGGCCGGUACCGCCUUCUCUCGAACGGAGGAACGAUAGACGUUUUGUGAGUUCAUCGUCGAUCAUCCUGAUACACCUUUCGACUGCGGUGUCGACCGUAUAGUCUUUAUCGUUAAGUCGUUCGGACUUUACGUUCGAUACGACGAUACAUAGAAUGUUGUUAAAUGGCGUGUAAUAGACCCGACGAGCCAAAGAAACGAUGCUCCGUAAUCAACGAAAGUAGAAUACAACUCCCCGACUUGACGAAUCGUCACCAAAUCAUUCCCUUUCUCCAAAGAUGUACUUGGUGGAAGAAAUGUAGCGAGGUCGCGAAAACUACCGCAAACAAGGACUAGCAAAAGUAUCGAAGCACAAACUGUAGCGAUGGGAAAUAAGAACGACAACUCGAGAGCGACCCCCUGUAGCCAACAGCAAGAAUAUCGUUUAAGGGUGUAUGUAGUCCGCCUUCAGAAAUUCUAUAAAAUGAAAAUUAUUUGUAAAUUUGCCUCGAUACUGUGGAACGUCGUUGAUAGACAUUUUAUCGAAUCACGCUAAUUUUUGCAUAUGAAUAUUUUGCGUAUGCAAUAGUUAAAGAUACAAAUUGUUCGAGCUAUCAUUGUAACAAAAAACUACCCCUACGGUGAUUUUUAUUUAACUGUGUUACUUCUAGAUAUUUUAAGUACUUUUACAAGGGCAUAUUUGUAAGACCUAUACGAAAAUGCAAGGAACGAAUUUUUCCAAAAAGCUGGACUGGAACACCCCUUCUGUUACUAUAUUUGUUCCGCCAAUUGUACAUCGUUUGCGUCACGAACUUCCGUUUGAACCAGAGCUUCUUCUUAAAACAAUUGUCACCCAUCACACGUAUUUCUCUCAACAUUUUUCACUCCUCGCUCCCUCUACUCUGCUGAAUAGCUCUCUUCCUUCCCUUCUUCUUCGUUUUUUCCCUCAGCGGGCAAAUUUCUGCUUCGUCGCACAUAUAUGUACCGUAUUGGUUUCGGAGCAUGCCAAAACCAUUUAUCUGUUACGCGGCGAUUCACCCGGACGACUCUUACGUCGAUCAUUCGAUUCCAAAAAACAUUUGACGUUCGUGUUUUUUUUUCCCCUUUCUUAAAUUUCAAAGUUCAAAGGUCGCAUCGUCCCCAAGAAUCAUCGUUACAUAGGUAGUCAUCCGGGUACGUCGCGUCUUCGAAUUUUAUUAGAAUUCAUGUAUAUAUACACACACACACACACACACACACGUAUGGAUAUAAAUAUAAAUGGAAGCUUUUCAAGAGCGAACGAAAAUUUUUAUAUUCACGACCGACGAGCUCGUAAAUUCUUGGAACGCGGUGAAUUCGAUAUGAAAAACGAUCGACAGAGAUGAGCAGAAUUUUUGGUUAGAAAAACCUUGACAAGUUUUGAGUAUUAAAUAAAAGUCGAAGAACUGUUUCGAAUAGAAACUUGUUUAACCGUUUGUGUCCCAAGCAGCGCGAUCGCGCUGUUGAGAUUUUAUGUCGAGAAAACCCACUACUCGUUCAGUGAAUGACGAUUCUUCGACAGUGUUUUUUCAAUACCCUCUGGGACUCAAACGGUUAAUAAAAGGAACGUGCUACGCGCCACUGUUCUCCAAAUUAGGAGUUGCAGAAAAAAUGUAGUGGUAGAUUUAUAAUCAACCAUCGUGAUUUAAUAAUUACAGGAAUACCAUUUUAAAAAAGCGCUUAUUUUAGAAAUACGUUCUGUCUGUUUAUUCGCUGAAAAAUUGUAUCCAUUUUUGGCUCUCAGGUGUUCAUCGAUUUUCAAAAGGAAAGAUGGGGAUAUCGAAAUCACCAAAGAGAAAUUACAAGCUCAUCGUUUUAACGAUAACGUGUAUAGCACGCUCUAUGUAACGCUUGUCCUAUAUUUUGCCGAUGGAUCGAAGACGAUCGAUGGUUAUUCCCGCGACGUUAAAGUUUAGCCGUGUUUAACGCGAACGCAGAACAUUAACCGGUGUCUCUCGACGAGCAAUUGCGUUUGGCUGUAGGGUGACGAAAAAACUAUGUUUGUAUAGAUUAUCGAUCCAGAUGGAAAUAACGCUGUGUAAAAAGAAGCAAGACUAUUUUCGUAACAUUAAUAAAUUGUAAGUCAAUAACGACGACGACGAUAACAACAAGAACAAGAACAACAAUAAUAAUAUUAAUGAACAGUAACGAUAAUGAUAGCGAUAACGAUAUUGGUAAUGAUAAUGAUAAUGGUAAUGAUAAUGGUAAAUACCUAGAAGGAGGAAUGGAGUUAACGCCACUUUUCGUUCAUCGCACUUUUGCGUUAGAAAUUUGCUUCCUCCGUUAAAAAAAAAAAUAAAAACGGUCGGAUCGAUCGGAACGAUUCGCUAACGCUGUAAAUAAAUAUUUAGAGUUUAGAGGAACGAAUCGAUUCGGCGGGACUCGCUCCUUUUAUUCGCCAUUCUCGAAAUUGCGCACUUCGAGUAUCACGGUUCGACUCGUCGAAAGAUAAAGAACUUUUGAUUCGUUAUUCGUUCGAUAUAAAACUGCAAUCUGAAUCGUAAAAUUAUAUCUCGCGUCCGAGGAACAGAAUCGCGAUAACUAUUCUGUAAAAUGAACUUGUCGAGUCUCGAGUAGAUCUUUCUUGUUAAAAUACAAUUUCUUAAACUUUUUCCAAGGAAGUCUUACAAUAGAAUUGAAUAUUAGCAGAGUACUCAUAAGAAACGUCAAUUUUUUAUUGAAGCAGUCUUCUUAUUAAGAAUUUAUCGAAUUGAAUUCUGCAUCUUUUUCAUGAUGUCUUUAUUAUGGAAUUAUUAAUGGACUAGUGAUGUUUUUCCAUUGAAAAUGAGUCGAAACAGGACCACAUUCGAUAUUAUAACUCGUCAUUUAGACAAAUGUAUCAUUUAAAAUAGUCCGAAUGAGGUCGUACUUAGGAUUAUUUAAAUCGAAGAAACCUCACCAGUCCUGUCGACGAUGUUUUGCACCGCUACUUUAGCCAGAAUAUGCUUCCAGAAAGUUUUUAAAAAUGUCGAUGUUUUUGACUCCGAAAAAAAAAUAAAAUACUUUCUUAAUACUCGGAUGAAAAGUCGAUCGGAGGAUACAAAAGAGUUUCGAGAGUGCGAAGAAGAAUCGUUUCCGACGCCGUCCUUCCUGACGUACCCACGUACUUCGCGACACGACAGCCUCACUAACUCGUUCACGUUUCUUCAUCCUUCGCGAUCGUUUGCAAUCUUCCCUUCGUCUUAUAGCACGCGUUGACAACCGGAGAGGGUUAAGAUUCUUAUCUGAAUAAAAAUUUGAACAAACGACCUCUUCUUGUCGAAUAAAAGUUCAGUUCGAAGUUUGCAUUUUUCGAACGCUUUAUUCUAUAAUUUAAAUCAUAAAUGUUACGUUCUAAAUGACCAUUCUACAUUCACAUUAUAGAAUGAAACUGUUCAGUCGAAUAAAUGUCACGAAUAAAUCCGUAUAGGUUGGUCUUGUUCAUUAACCGUUAUUCGGAUAAGAUUACGCCCAUCUUCGCUGACAACGCGUUCCAUUUAGCGAAGUAAACGUUAGAAGAAAACUACAAGAGCGUGCGAUGUUCCUAGAGAAAGCGGAAACGAGAGUAUGAAAAGAAUGCUUGUCGAGCCUGAUCCAAGCAAGUACAUGUAACGUGCAGUGGCAAGCAUAUAAUGCGACCAGUAUUUUUUACGAUAUAAGUGAAAUUAUUUUUAAUUCAUAACUUUAGGAUACUUGGAAUAUUUUAUAAUCUUUGAAUUGUCGUUAGGAGCGUUAGGAGACAUUUGCUCGCAUAACGUUAAACUGAAAAUAAGCGGUAUAGACUUCAGACGAGCGAAUGAAUAGGAACCCAAUAUUAAUAUAUUAUAUUAAUUUGUAUUCAUAGCUGGAGGUAUCCCUUUAACAAUUUCUAUUUUUAAAAUACGCGACAUAUAUAAUAAAAAUGAGGAAUACAUAAAGUACUUACUUAAAUAUACCUUUAAAAUAUAGGAGGAAGUAGCGUUCCUAUUUAAAUGCUCGAAAUUAACUACUUGUAAUUAAUGAAACAAAAAAUGACAGCAAUAUUACCCAUGGCUUCCUCGUUGUAACGACGUCUGUAUAAAACUGACUAAUCGAAAGAGAGGUUCGACUUUCUUUUGCUUCGUAGAACAUAGUUCCGAUUAGGAAGGAGUGUUCUUAUCUGUAUGCUCGCCACUGUGUGUGCGUAAAAGCAAAGGCGCUUAUCGUUAACCGAAAAGUCGCACGUCUCGAUGGAGAACGAACCAGGAAAACCGUUUUUACUUGAAACGUUUCGAGACGAUAGGAACGACGAAGAAACGGGAUGGUUGGAUCGUGCCGCUUCGGAACACGGGACGUUCGAGUUCCUUCGAUUUUCGCGACCGUUGUACAGUAAUCGAGACAUCAUUCCUUCGCGAGUACAUCUGUAGUUAGAGUAAGUUCAACUAGCAAGGAACGUCACACGAUCGUAACAUACCGAUUUUUAUGAAACUUUCCGCACAGAGCAUCGGAAUGUUAACACUAAAGUGUCUGGUAGGCUCACUUGAUCUGUGCGUUACAGACUUCUUUUAAAAGACUCUUAAUUAUUAAGAAUUCUUGACGAUUAUUGAGAUAGAGAAUUAAUUACAUUGAUAAAUUUAUUUGCUCUUUUCCUCUUAAAGAUAUAGCAAUAUGUACUAGAAUAGAUAUGCAUUGAUCUUUGGCACACUUUUAGUGUUAAACAAGUUUUUCUUCUAUAUCUGCUGAUCCUCAAGGGUUGAAAAUUACGAAAAGGAUUCUACAAAGGGAUUUAUAAGGAAUUAUUGCCUCUAUGACUACGAAACUUUGUUACAGACAAAGUGGAUAUAAUUAACUACAUUUUUCAAAAAGAUUGACUUAACUCACUUCUAUAACGAUCUCGCUUCACCCAACGAGUUUGAAGCUACUUUUUAUCUCAUGAGUAUCAGCAGACAGACAGUAGGCGUCUAAUGUUUGGCAGUGUCCUAUCUGCGCGUAAAGUUUCAUCGAAAUGGUCGUGUUACACUCGAGCCAGGUUCCUUGCAAGGAAUAGAGCGAAAGCUUAUUUUUUGUAACGAAGUGUAUCGAUAACCUUGCCGAGACGAGUAGAAAUCGAUUGUGAGUCGUAGUCGUCCGAAGCCGAUCGCUUCCCGACAGACGACACGCUCGGGUGCGUCGAUCGUUUGCGUGUAAAUUGUUGUUUGUAUUUCUAAUAGUCGCAAAUCGCGCGAAAAGCGACACUGUCCUUUCGUUUCGCUGGUUUAAGGUAGCACGUUCAAUUCUCCCGCCCGAUUUCACCAUCCCGAGCGGAUCCUUCGAGGGUUGAAUGAAAAAGCUUCCGAGUUUUUAAUUUCUGCAAAAUUGAAGAUAUUUUUGACCUAAUCGCAUCGUCUUAAACCUAACUCAGAACGCGAAGGUUACUUUUUAAGAAAUUUAUCCUCUGCCGGGAGGCAACUAUGCAACAAAUUAAAGGCAAAUGAGAUUGUAAGUCUCGAGCACUGAUUUUGUUUUUCGUUCGUUGAAAUACUGAAGUUUUUUGUGGAUAAAAAUUAAGGGCAUUUUUCAUUCGACUCUUGCUAUUUAGGUAAAAGGGUGAUCCCGAAAGCGAGAGCGAAUGGAGAAGCUCGACGAACGGGUAUUGUUCGCUCUGGCGACUAUUUCAUAUGUACCUCACCGCUCGCAGACGUAACGUACUAUCGUAAGAUUAUGGAUUUAAGUAGAAUUAGUUUACGCUACGGUAAAUACGUUAGUGUGCAGUUUACGUAAAGAUGUCGAUAGUGUGUCGAGAGGAACGCAUUCCCAUAAGUUUCGAAUUAAUGAUUCCGAUAUCGCGCGUGCCGCUGUUCCUGCGUUCGAUUUUUCUUCCUUUCGUCGUCGAAACGAGGUAUAAUUGAGACAGUGAGAUAAAAGGAGCGGUCGCGGAAAGGUAACAGACUUGGGCACAUUCGAUAUAACGUUACUUGAAAUAUUACUUCGGAUAACAGGCCAUCUUCUUUCGCCACUGUAUUACUUCCUUAGAAACGCUAUUGUAUUCGAAAUAACAACACACUUUCGAAAGCAACUCUACAACUACAAAUCUCUGCGUGUUAUUAAAACGACGACGAAAGAAAGAAGUUCCUAAUCAUUUCAUACUCGCAAAUGAUAAAUGAUAUUGUAAUUCCUGCUGUUUCAAAAUUUAUUUCAAGUAACGUGUAACUUCCAUCGAAUGAAGUAAUAUUUACUUCGAACGAUGAAGUUACUUUGUAAAACGUCGCAAGAAACAGAAGACUGAAAUAAUCGUUUCGAAAAGAAAUGUUGCCAAGUCUGCGAGGAAAGAAUGGGGUUUCGGGAUAGAAACAUCGAGUAAAAUGACGCGAUCACGUCGGGUAACGAAAAUCGUAUUGUCCCCGAACGGAUUGGUAAAUUUACCUCUCUCGGACUAUUUUUCUCAGUCGCAACUGUAGAUCACCGAAUUAACGUCAAUUCACUAACGGUCGUUCGGAUACCUCAUUUUUUUUUACCAGCUAAAAAAAGAACGUAAACAAAAGGUAAACCUAACUAAAUACGUUGUUUACCCACCUAACGCCAACAAUAUUGCGUACGUUAUGCGCGAUAUUGUUUUCACGCGUGACGCGUACACGCUUCUCGAGCAUAUUUUUUCUCGUACGGAACCCACGAAUACCGUUUUAUAAGUGACACCUUUUAAGAUUAACUUUUAUAUGAUUCAUGCGGAAUGUUCAAAAAAAAAGAAAAAAGAAAAAAGAAAAAAAGAAAAAAAAAUAUAAAUAAGAUGCAUUAUUUUCUCUGUGAUACUGUAUGCGAGCAAACUUGUCCAAGUUUCAUCCCCUCCAAUUUAACAUCGGGUUUCCUGUUUGAACAUACAUAUAAAAAGGUGUAAUAAACCCGCGGAAUCACCCUAACUCAAUUUUUCUAACGAAUCGUACUCGUGAUCUCUUGAACGUCGAGCAAAAUCGGAGGGCGCAAGUGAACGGCUAUAUCGCGUUAUUUUCUUCUGUUUGUGUUGUCUUUAUUCAUUUAUUAAUUUUUUUUUUUUUUUUAAAUUUCGUGUUCGACUUAACGGUGCUUUUUGUUUGUUCUCGUGGAACACGCUAGGUAAACGACUGCUUAGGGUACGAAACAAGGGAAGGCGAGAACGUAGUCGAUCGCAGCGGGAGUAAUGUAAAUUUCGUACCGCAGGUAUGCAACCCCCUUCCAUCGAUCGCAAGUAAAAAGAGACGCGCAUCACGACCUCCGCGAGAAUCGUUAAUGGUAUAUCGCGGUCGUCGAUAACGGUAACGCAUAUAAUGUAAAUAUCGACGCCGGUAUUUUUUGUUUCGCGAUCAUUUGCAUUUCCCUUUCCAAUAUCUCUAUGUGCGGCUGAAAUUUUCACGAGACUGACGCUGACUCUGCUUACAGGGGAGUCGACGUAUUUGUGACUUUGCGAACUAGUCUGAUCCAGGCGGGGACCGAUCCGAGCUAAACUCCUCUCAGAAACAGUUCACCUGACCGCAACGGAUCGUCGUCUCGUUACGAGCGUACCGAUCGUUCGAUUACCAACGAAUUCUGCCUGCGUCUCUGCCAGUUCAUCGCUACGCACGCAUAUACUUCCGCAUUCCCCUUCUUAAAUGCCGGUAGAAUUUUGUUAUGCCUUUUGCGUUUCAUUUCUCGUUUCUUCUUCUUCUUAAUUAUCGUUAAUCGUUUGUAAGAUGUCUCUCCUCGUUGGCACCACGGGCGUAUCUUCGAUAAAAACGCGAUCGCUUCCGGCUUAUCGCUGCGCAGAAACUCCAUACGAGUGGAACGAAAAAAGACGGACGCCGUAUUUUAACGUCGACUCGAUAGAACCUCUGUUUACGCUUUUGACGAUCAAUGUACCAUACAUUGUUGAUUAGUUUUAAAGUUGCCCCGAGACGAUACGCAUGAUCACGCGUCGUUUCGUUUUUAUACCGAAAACAAUCGUCCCGUAUGACGAAAAAUAUUUUCCCGCGGUCCCCACACUGACCGUACGUCGUUCGCAUGACAUUUUUUUAUUCGCACCGACUUAACGUUAACUUUACUUGUAGGCUCGUCGAACAUUUUCUCUCAUUCUUUUUCUUUCUUUUUAUUUUAUGUAAGAAAAUAACGUUUUAUUUGUAUCUCAGCCAACGAUUUCCACGGUUUCUUCUCAGUUCAGCGUGCAGCGAAUCGAAUCGAGAAACUUAAUUUUCGCCUCUUUACGAAUAUUAACGAAGCGACAGCGGUCGCACUUACGUUACCAUUAGUUGUUGCUCGAUACAAUUCCGCGAACGUUUGUCACAUUUCUUUUUUUGCGAAUUCAUUGUCAUCGAGCGCGAAAGGUAUCUUCGCCGCGUUACGCGGCAAAGUUCUAGAUCUGAAGCAACGAGGAAGAUAAAAAAAGAUCCAUUUAUCGAGCGUAUUCUCCAUAACCGGAAGCUUUACUGGGACCAAUAAAUUUGUUUGUAAGUUUUCGCGUGUCAACGGAUACAAAUUAUAAAUGUAGUUAAUUACUGUAAGAUCUAUUUAUGGAAAUUUCAAUUUUCUCAGCGUGCAAAGUACAAAGUAACACGACCGGAUCUCAAGCAUUUCCAAGUAAUUGCGUUUGCUUUUUAAGAAAUUGCGUAUACUUAAGAUGUUUUGUAUAAUCGUUGUUAAGCAAUUAGUUAGGAAAUUUUUUUUAGAACUGUUCGACAAAUCUCGUUGUUUUUCCGUCGAUGUCUUUAAUGCAUCGAUGCAUGGGGAAGACAAUCGAAAUGCAACGCGCAUCAGGUUACACGCUAUCUCAGACAUUGCAUUUUAUUAAAAAAAUCUUUUUUUGUUCGAUUCGACUGAUCUAUAUCAAACACAUUCGCGCGGUUUGCGUUACAAAAUCUUACAGGACACGGGGUCGUAUGAAAUUUGUCUCGAAUGCGACCCGAGAUAUGUACAUACAAGAAUGUAAAUUUUUAUAAAUCUUACGAUAAGAGUACAGAACAGGAUUAAAUUCUUUUUCUUUCAUUUUAUACACAUUAGACAGAGUGAUCGCGAGUAUUCGACAAGGAAAGAAUCAAUUGAGUUUUGUAUCUAGCUUAUUUUCAAUGCUGCUUGCUUCUCAACGUCGUAACAGUUUAUACGAAAUCGAUGCGCCUUGAUCGAAAUGAAAUUAUAAACGAGAUAAUAAUUUGGAGUAUACGGUAGCGCGGUAUCCUCGAACGAGGUAUUACAGUUUGUAAAGUAAGAAAUAUCGUACAAUACAAGAGAAGUACAAGUUCUUUCUACGAUGCAA